AUGCUGAAUGGGCGAGCCAAAGACAGAUAUAUAUGUAAGCAAUGUGGGAAAGCUUUUAACACACAGGCAAGUUGUAAAAUACAUGAAAGAAUUCACAAUGGAGAGAAACCCUAUGUAUGUAAGCAAUGUGGGAAAGCUUUUACCACACAUGGACAUUGUAAGGCACAUGAAAUAAUUCACACUGGAGUGAAACCAUAUGUAUGUAAGCAAUGUGGGAAAGCUUUUAUCACACAUGGAUAUUGUAAGGCACAUGAAAUAAUUCACACUGGAGUGAAACCAUAUAUAUGUAAGCAAUGUGGGAAAGCUUUUAACACAAAGGCAAGUUGUAAAAUACAUGAAAGAAUUCACACUGGAGAGAAACCCUAUGUAUGUAAGCAAUGUGGAAAAGCUUUUACCCAACAUGGACAUUGUAAGCAACAUGAAAGAAUUCACACUGGAGAGAAACCCUAUGUAUGUAAGCAAUGUGGGAAAGCUUUUAACACAAGGGAAUAUUUUAAGAAACAUGAAAGAAUUCACACUGGAGAGAAACCCUAUGUAUGUAAGCAAUGUGGGAAAGCUUUUACCACACAUGGACAUUGUAAGCAACAUGAAAGAAUUCACACUGGAGUGAAACCAUAUGUAUGUAAGCAAUGUGGGAAAGCUUUUAACACAAGGGGAUAUUUUAAGAAACAUGAAAGAAUUCACACUGGAGAGAAACCCUAUGUAUGUAACAAAUGUGGCAAAGCUUUUAACACGCAGGCAAGUUGUAAAAUACAUGAAAGAAUUCACACUGGAGAGAAACCCUAUGUAUGUAAGCAAUGUGGGAAAGCUUUUACCCAACAUGGACAUUGUAAGCAACAUGAAAGAAUUCACACUGGAGAGAAACCCUAUGUAUGUAAGCAAUGUGGAAAAACUUUUACCCGACAUGGACAUUGUAAGCAACAUGAAUGUUCAUAUUCAAGAUAAAACCAGUGUAUAUAAGCAUCAUGAGAAUUUUUUGACCAGACUUACAUAUUGCAUAAUGCAUGAAAAACUUCACACUG